UACGGAUAUGAUUUAUCAUCGUUUCAAGUCUUCUUGGCAAGAUCUGAAGAUAUAAACUAAGAUUCUUUAGUUGUGAUAGUAAAAGAAAUUUCUGAAUGCCAGUAAGAACAGAUCUACACAUUAUGGAACCCUCUUCUAGUCUGGGUGUUGCACUGGAUUUAAUUCUGAAGACACUGAUAGCAUCUCAAGAUUUUGCCAAUCUUCAAACAAAAAAUUGGGAUGCCAUAGCAAGGCUUAUACCAGGAUCAACCCCCGGACAGAUUGCAAGGAGGUAUGAAGAACUUUUAUUGUCUGGAGAUGUUUAUGCCAUAAACCAACUUGAGAAAAACUUUACAAACCCCGGCAGCUCCCUCCAGACAAGUUUGUCAGAGUCUGAUGUUAGCAGUAAGGCAGGUGGCAACAGUGGCCAAGGCUCAGACAAACAGAAAGGGGACAAAGAUGACAAAGACAACACAGAUAACAGGAGUAAGCAGGGAGGCCGGAAAGCAAAUGACCAGGGGCCAAUAAUGACAAUCCAUGUCUGUGAUGAAGCAAAGAACUUGAAGCAGGAUUUCCAUUGUCCCCGAGACCUGCUGGUUCAGGAGAUGAAGUAUUUUGCUGAAUAUCUGUCCACUGAUGCUCAGAGAUGGGAAGAGGUCGAUAUUUCUGUACAUUGUGAUGUACAGAUAUUCGAUUGGUUAAUGAAGUAUGUGAAAAGGAGCUCCAAGGAUCUUCCAGAUAAACCCAAACUUGAGGCAAAUAAUGUCAUAUCAAUCCUGAUUUCAUCAGACUUUCUAAAAAUGGAUACUUUGGUUCAGGAAUGCAUUGAAUAUUGCCAUGAAAAUAUGACUGCAAUUGUAGCAACCCCCUGCAACAUGAACUGUAUCAAUGACAAACUUGUAGGAAGGAUAGCUGAUUUGUUUACACAUAAUGAGGCAGAUGAUAUCAAAGACCGAAAAGAUAAAUUCAAAAGCAAGCUUUUUGCCAAAAAGUUGGAAAAGUUGUUUGAUCCAGAUUUGACAAAUCCAGAUUCUCCAGAAAAUGCUUCCACCCUAUUCAAAUGUUCUAUUUGCAAAAAGAUCAUGACACAGAACUUGGAAAAGAAAAUCAAAUGCAUGCCUAGCAGAAUGACUGUAGAAAAGCGUGGAAAACUGACUUUUUGUCAUAUGAGAGACCAAAAUUUUGAUGUUAAUGAUUACCUCUUGGAACUGAAAGGACAACUGAAGUCGUGGCGGGAUGUGUACUGGAGGAUAUGGGGAUUGAUUAAUUACCUCACCUGUAACAGAUGUAAGGAAGUGUUCCCCUGUAGUGAGUUUGGACACUGUAAAUAUCAUGCAGAACCCACACGGUUUGACAAUGAAACAGGGAUGUAUUCAUGUAUUGGGACAUAUCCUUGUUGCCAUCUGAAAACUUUAAGAUUUGAUCCAACACAGCAAAACAAGGGCUGCCGUGUGCGAGAUCAUAUCGUGACAACAAUGACAGAAGUGAAUGGCUCAGGUGAACUAGAUCUGAGUAAGACAUGUCAGAACCAUGUGUAUGAUGACUUACUGUCACAUAGGGACAUAGUUUGUGUGCCAUAUCAAAGACUAACAGAUGCCAGAUCUGGAUCAGGAAGUGAGAUGGACUUAAAUGUGUUUGAGAAUGAGGAGUUCACCACAAGAACAAAGAAGGACCAUGGUAUUGCCAUACAUCCAUCUUUGAUGUCUGCAGUUGAUGAUGACAAGAAACAGGGGGAGUUUGUAAGGCCAGUACCAAGACUUCAGGCCCUGACAGUAGAAAAAGAGUUGUCGUUUGAAUACCAUGACAUUGGGAUGGGAGAGAGCGAUGAUGAACUGGGUGAUGAUGAGAUUCCAAAGGGGACAGGUCGGAAAGCCAAAGGUUUUAGGAAGUCCAGAGUGACAAUAGAUCCACAAGCAAUUCUGCUGGAUGCCCCUGACUUUGAUCAAACCAAGAAGUCAACCUGGGACACGGGUCGAUCCAUGAGGUACAACCAGGAUGCACAGAGACAGGAAGAUCACAGAAGAAUGAAAGAUAUAAGACAUUAUUUGACAAGACUGAGACUUAAUCCAGAUAAGAUAGAUAAACCAAAGAAAGAGUUUGCUGGUGGUGCCUUCAGUAGGCUAGAGGCCCAGUGGAAGAUCAACAAUCUACAACAACAAUCCAAACAGCAGACCAUGAAUUCCUUCAGAGGUCGUGGGGCUCCCAUCCGACGAGAGAGGACAUUCAUGAGCUAACCUCAGAGCUAAGCCUGUCAGAUUCAAUCAAGUCAGGAACUCUGUUUCUUAAAUCUCUCAAAAGACUUUACAACCCCUACAGAACAAACUGCAUUCUCAGUAUACCAAGGUACCAGUACACCAAAGAACCACUAUACCAAGAAACCAAAAUCAGAACACAAGGGAACUAGUUUUUUUCUUCUUUUUUUAAGGCUGACUACUGAUAUUUUUACAACUACUGACCAUGUGUUGUUUUUUUCUCCUGAACACUAGGCCAUUUAUCAAAUCUUUUAUCUCAAAUAUUUUUAAAAUCAAAAAUAUCAUUUGUUGAAGAGUUUUAGCAUAGAUUUAUUGGAUUUGGUGUUUGUA